AGCAACUUUCUCUGCAAGAGCCAAGAGCAACAGCAGCGCAAUGGCUUCUAUGGGGCUUCAAGUCUUGGGCAUCGCCCUGUCCGUCAUCGGCUGGCUCGGCACUGUCAUCUGCUGCGCUCUCCCUAUGUGGAGGGUAACUGCCUUCAUUGGCAACAACAUCGUGGUAGCCCAGAUCAUCUGGGAGGGAUUGUGGAUGAACUGCGUGGUGCAAAGUACGGGGCAAAUGCAGUGCAAAGUGUACGACUCUCUGCUGGCCCUUCCCCAGGAUCUGCAGGCAGCCAGAGCCCUUGUCGUGAUCGCAGUCAUUGUGGCCGUGCUGGCGCUGCUAAUGGCCAUCAUUGGGGGCAAGUGCACUAACUGCGUGGAGGAUGAGUCUUCUAAAGCCAAGGUAAUGAUUGUGGCCGGCGUUGUGUUCAUCGUGGCUGGAGUCCUUACCCUCAUCCCAGUCUCCUGGUCUGCCAACAACAUCAUCCGAGACUUCUACAACCCGCUGGUGGUCGAUGCGCAGAAGAGGGAAUUGGGCGCAUCUUUGUACAUAGGCUGGGCAGCCGCUGCGCUCCUGAUGCUCGGAGGGGCAAUGCUGUGCUGCAACUGCCCACCAAGGGAUCAGAAACCCUACUCUGCCAAGUACACCGCCGCUCGCUCCGGGGCAACCAGCAACUAUGUCUGAGCGUCCAUCCAAAUUGGACUAAAGGACUUCAUAUUUAACCUUGAGCAGACAUUUAAUAUACACUUUGCCAUCUGCCGCAAAGUUUCAUCACAAGCCAAUACAGACUUUGUAUGGACACAUUUGGAGGACAUUUCAUCACUUUCUGACCUUUCCCUGAGGCAGAAGUUGCCCCAGCAAUGGGGAAAGGGCAAGUGUAGCCCCAGCUGACAGUAAGGGCUGUCCCAAAGGGGUUAAAAUGGAACUUCAUGAAAAGCAAUUGAUCUACUGGGAGGGGUUGCAUAGCAUAGAUUUUGGGGUUGGAGCCCAUUACCUGUCUGGUCAUUAUUUACUUACUUUGUGCCUAAAGAAAUUAGGCUAUUGAGGCCAUUAUUUUGAAAAGGCAACACCAGAUAACAGGCUCCCAGCACUACAGUUUGAAAAUGUGCUGAACUACAGCAGGGCCUAAUUGAAACAUCUGUCAUACAACUGCAGGCUUUUUCCAAUUGAAAUGGUGUGUGUCAGAUGCAUCAAUAGUCGGCAUCAUUUGUAUUUUCCUUUGGGCACUGAAGUAAUACAUCUGCCUCUAAUAUUGGAUAUCCUUAGGUUCUAGAGUUAGGGAACAUUAUAUUUUAACUGUUCAGGUCAAACUCAGGGAAUAGGCUACUUUACAGCAUUGUUUCUCAAACUCUUGGGCUGGCUGAACAUGGGGGGAAGGUUUGGGGAGAAUGGCUAUUUAUUCUCCUAGGUACUUCUCGAAGUCUAUUGCGAAGGUCACCCAGUGGGUUUGGAGGCAUAAACUAAUGUUAAAAAUCAAUGUUUUCCUAUAUCUGUUAUUUUUAUGGGCUAAAGGAGGGCCCUCCCUAAGUACUGGACACAAAAGGGUUAGGGUUGAACUUAGUCAGAAAACCACUUGUGCUAGAAUGACUAAGAUGGGCUAUGAAAAGGUUAAUGUGAGUGUUGGGGAUUUUUUUUUUUUUUUUUUUUUUUUUUAUCCGCUUGAGCUCUAAACUGUUUUUUUGCUUUUAUUAACUGGUCAGACAUGGAAAUAUGCAUACCAAUAAUACAUAGUAUGCAUCUGGAACAUGCCCCAGUUAAUUAACCACCUUGCACUAUUAACUGCACUGCAGAGCCUGGGCCCUUACAGCUGCUAAACUACAGCUUCCAGGGUCUGCUGGAAAUGAAAUUCACCCACAGGAGGGGUUUGGGUUGGGCAGCCUUGCACUAGGGACCUUCCUAUAUUUGAGCAAGUAGUCUGUAUAAUUCUGUGUAAACUUCUAGUUUGCUUGUUCCAUCAUUUUUCCUUCCAUGUCAUUGUCUAAAUAAUAAACCUGCUGAGCAGCAUUUGUGCAUCUGAACACACCUGCGCCUACCCUUCUAUUUAGAUAAUUGCACCAUUUAACCCUCUGGGUGUGUCGGGACUCCAGACUCGCCCAUCACCAAUGUGUAGCCUUCCCUUUUGCUUGUUCUCUUGUUUAAUCCUGUAUCAUCGCCAUAAACAAAGCAAAGAAAAACGAUUGCUGAUUUUUAUUGGCUGCACCUCACAUAGCUUUGUAAAAUCGUAUAUGUUUUUAGCAGAACAGAGCCAAGUAUGUUUAUUUUAUUUUUAAGCCUUAUAUUUUUUUAUGUAUUUUUCAUGAUUGAUGCUGUUCUAAGUAACCUGUUUUCUAAAAUAAAUAUGAAACGGA